UCUCACUCACACACAGAGGAGUGAAGCAGAGCAAUAGAGAAAUUCAUUCAUCGAGUUUUUAUUAAUUUUGUGCUACAUCUAGUUAUUUCAUUUAAACACCUUUAGAAUAAACCAACUGGUGUGUUUUGGCAUUUGUGUGUUGUUUAUGUUUUUGAGCCGCCAACUCGAAUAGCAAAUGAAAUCGUGUAAAAAAUGUGAAAUUUUCUCUCGUUUUUAAUAUUGUGACGCGGCCAUUGCAAAACGCAAAGCAACGGCAACGACUUCGACGGCGACGAGUCAACAUUUUUAUAACAAAAAUACAUUGGCAUUGGCCCCCACAAAAUUAUAUAAAUACCGCAGCGCAGAGUAUUUGAUUGCUUGAAAUGGACCGCAAGAAGGUACUGGAAUUGGAUAAAAUUUGUCGUGUUUGCAUAUCGGAACGAAAAGAGAUGAGACCUUUGUUUAGUGAAAAAGUACCAGAAAUGCUGAUGGACUGCACCAGUGUCCGGGUGGAACCCACAGAGGGAUGGCCGGACAAGAUAUGUGUACAAUGUGUUCACGCUGUUAGCCGAAAUCAUGCCUUUAAAGCAUUGGUAGAGCGCAGUGACAAGGAAUUGAGGGAAUAUAUUAAGGGUAUAACGGUUCAAAUGGUCCUGGAGGAGCAGCAAGCCAUGGCGGCAGCAGCAGCGGCAGCCAAUGCGGCAGCGUCCACCACAAUAACAGCAGGGACAGCAACAACACCAACAAAACAGCAACUGCAAUUGGAACGCAAGCAACAAAAACUGUUACAAAAGCAACUGAAGCAGCAGCAGCAGCAACAACAGCAACAGUUGCUGUUGGAGGAACAAUUACUACAGCAGCAACAGCAGCAGCAACAACAACAGCAACAGCAGCAGCUGGUAAUACAACAACAACAACAGCAGCAGCAGCAACAACAACAACAGCAACAACAAGCACAGGUUAAAAGCAAAUGGAAACCUUUAAUGAAAAAGGGCUCAAAACAAGCCAAGAACUCAUCACCCUCCAUAACAAAUCAAGUGCAAAUACUGCCCGAACCAGCACCACCCCCGCCACCAUUGCAGCCAUCUCCUCUCCAGCACCAGCAGCAGCAUCAUCAGCAACAACAAAUCCAACAGAUACAACUACCCACACUCCAACCGGCACCCACUCAAUUGCUAUCCGCACAGGCAACUGGAGGAAUACCGCAUCAAAUAAUUCUGCCCAAUGGUCAAUUUAUCACGACCGCUCAGUUAGUAGCCCCGCAACUGGCGCAGAUUAUCAAUACAACGCCCCAAGCACCGCAGGGACACACAACAGCCGCGCAAUCCCAAUUCCUGCCACAACUCCUGCAGACCCCCAAUGGUCAGACAUUACAAAUAGUCCAGCAACCGAAUGGCACACAGUCCCUGCAAUUUGUCCAGCUCGUGCCACAGCGAAGUCUGGCCCAACCCACCCAGCAAGUGACGGGAAUGCAAGAGACUUCGUUGGCCGAAGCAGAUGUUCAGCUGCUGAACGAGGCCUGCGAUGUGGAGGAUGAAGAUCUGGAUGAGGUAUACGAUCAGCUGGACUCGAAAGGUCAUACAUUCGAAACGAUUGUACUCGAUGAUGAUCAACAGCAGGAUUUCCUUAAGGAUCAGGUGCUAAUCGACGAGGAUUUGACUCAAAGUGAGACACAGGAGCAUGAAUAUUUCGAUGAUUUGGAGCAGGAGCAACAUAUGGAGCAGGAACAUGAACUGGAUGAGAGUGAAGUGCUUAAGCACGAGGAUGAUGAUUUCAUCAUCGAAGAGAUUCAACUCGAAGACGAGGAUAUAAUGGAUGAGGCUGAGGAGUCAAUGACUCCAGAUUGUGAAUACAUAACCGAUGAUCAGGAUCAUCAUUUGGCCGGCGGCGACGUCGAUGAUGAGAUGCAGUAUGCCAUUAUGGAGCAUCCGGAUGGUGAAACCGAAGCCGAUCUAGAGCAGGCAUUUAUGGAGCAGGAGGCCGGCGGUGUGGUCGAACAACUGACCGUACAAGAUGGUGUCGAGCUGACAAGUAUAUCCCUGGAGAAUGCUGUGGUUGAAUUCAGCCAAGCGGAUCAAUCUGCCCUGGUCAAUGCUGCAGCAGUGGCCGAGACAAUAAGCCUUAAUCCGCCCAAGGCAAAGCGCUCAAAGCGGGGCAAUAAUGCGCAUGCAGCACCUGCCAUCACUAGCAACACCACCACGACCACCACCCUCACUCUCCAGCCGUGCAAUCAUCAGAGUAGUCCACCACCAGCUCCUCCACCCAUUAGUAGUAAGCUGGCCGCUGCCAAUUCCCGGCAAUUGGUGCAAACGGCAUCGGUAAUAGCCGCAGCCGGAGCCGAUGACAACUAUGAGAUCGAUGCGAAUCUGGUCACUGAGUUCAUCCAACAGCAUACAUCUCCCUUGGGUUCGGGUCGCUACAUCUGCCAUUUGUGUACCACAGAGUUCCGGCAAUUCAAGGGCCUGCAGAAUCACAUGCACUCGCACACGAAUUGGAUACGCGCCAAUUGCAAGAAGCAGCCGCAAUGUGAGAUUUGCCUGAAGAGCUUCAAGGGUCCUGGCAUGCUGCGCAUGCAUAUGAAGACUCACGACGCCGAAUCGAAUACUCCAGUGUGCAAUAUCUGCAAUCGCACCUUCAAGUCGAAGGCGAUACUCUAUCGCCAUCGCCAGACGCAUCAGCAGCGUGCCUAUUGCUGUGGCGUCUCCAAUUGUCGCAAGAAUUUCUCAUCCGCUGCCAAUUUGCGCUGGCAUGUGGAACGCAAGCAUCCGGAUGUGGUGGAUCCCUAUUACAAGUGUGGCAAAUGCUUGACUCUCUUUCAGGUAGUGGAUGAUCUGCAGCAUCAUGUGGAGACAACGGACUAUUGCAAUGGCGGCAAUAGCAGCAGCACGGACUCGAAUCAAACUCACGCCGUAGCACAUGCUGGCGAUAUGCAGGGAGCAGCUACUGCCACCCAGUUGGGAGCGAAUGCCGCCUUUAGUGGAGCGGUUAGCAUUGUUAGCAAUGGCAAUGAAAUGUCCAGUUUAAUUGCCGCUCCAACUGGAUCUUUGGCCACAGCAACCACUGGUAGUGCUCCCGGUGAUACCCAUGCCGUGGUCGUGGGUUCAUCCGGAGAGGUUUACUUUGUGACGCAGGCGUAGCCAGCGGAGUAUGCCGUGGCGGGCGCAAAUGAAUGUCUGCUCGGCCUUUAGAUCAUAUGAUAAAUAUAUAUAAUAAAACUAUAUAAAUAAAACAUAUA